ACUUCGUUCCUGUCACUUUUAUGCUUCCGGCUGAUUAUAAUUUAUUUGUUGAAGAAUUCCGAAAAAACCCUUCCAGUACAUGGAUUAUGAAACCUUGUGGAAAAGCUCAAGGGAAAGGAAUUUUUCUCAUCAAUAAGCUUUCCCAAAUUAAAAAAUGGUCUCGAGACAGCAAAACAUCUACGUUUGUAUCUCAGUCCACCAAAGAAGCCUACGUGAUUUCCCUGUAUAUCAGCAAUCCACUUCUGAUUGGUGGGAAGAAAUUUGAUCUACGCUUGUAUGUAUUAGUAUCUACGUACCGUCCUUUGAGGUGCUAUAUGUAUAAACUUGGGUUUUGCCGAUUUUGCACAGUAAAAUAUACCCCAAGUACAAGCGAAUUGGAUAACAUGUUUGUCCAUCUUACAAAUGUUGCCAUUCAGAAACAUGGGGAUGAUUACAACCACAUCCAUGGUGGCAAAUGGACAGUCAAUAAUUUGCGUUUGUAUUUAGAAAGCACUCGAGGGAAAGAUGUCACAAACAAGCUGUUUGAUGAAAUACAUUGGAUAAUUGUACAAUCAUUGAAAGCAGUUGCACCUGUGAUGAACAAUGAUAAACAUUGCUUUGAAUGCUACGGAUAUGACAUCAUUAUUGAUGACAAGCUUAAGCCUUGGCUUAUUGAGAUUGUCAAUCAUUUCCCUAACCAUUACGAGCUGACCCGGAAGGACUUAAUGGUGAAAAAUAUUAAAAGGUACAGAAAAGAACUGGAAAAAGAAGGUAGUCCUCUUGCAGAGAAGGAUGAAAAUGGAAAAUACCUUUAUUUAGGUACUGCUGCAAUUAGCGGGAAGCAACAGGAGCACACAGCCAUGGCAGUCAAAAAACCUUACAAACCAACUGAGGAUUAA